CUCUUUACUGUAAGUAAGUUAAGACAGUGGAAAUGGGGAAUGGGACAACUGUCCAGGACUUUAUCCUGGAGGGAUUUCCUGCUGUCCAGCACCUGGGGAUCCUCCUCUUCUCGGUGCACCUGCUGGCAUACCUGGCCUCCAUCACAGGAAAUGUAGUCAUCGUCUCCAUUGUCUGCACCAAUGCCCGUCUGAAAACCCCCAUGUACUUCUUCCUCGGCAUUUUCUCCUUCGCUGAGUGUUGUUUUACCAGUACUGUCAUCCCUAAGUUGUUGGCUAUAUUUCUUUUAGGGAAACAAACAGUUUCCUUUGUUGCCUGUUUCAUACAAGCCUUCGUCUUUGUAUUUAUCGGGGCAUUUGGUUUUCUUCUCAUAGCUGUGAUGUCGGUGGACAGGUGUGUGGCUAUCUGCAGGCCUCUUCAUUACCCCACCAUCAUGAACCCGAGGACCUGCACCCUCCUAAUCAUGGCCUGCCUUACUACGACCUUCUCCCUUAUCACUUGGGUAGUAGUGAAGGUAUCCCAGUUAUCCUUCUGUGGCCCCCGUGUCAUCCCACACUUCUUCUGUGACCUUGGCCCUCUGAUCCGCCUCUCCUGCUCCGACACCAGCUCUGUGGAAGCUCUGACUUUUGGUCUUGCUUUGCUUCUCCUCCUCUCAUCCCUCACUGUAACCAUCACUUCAUACAGCAGCAUAGUCGUCACGAUCGUGCGUCUCCCAUCAGCCAAGGAGAGACAGAAGGCUUUCUCCACCUGCUCCUCCCACCUCAUCGUCCUCUCGCUGAUGUACGGCAGCUGUAUAUUUAUAUACGUGAAACCAAAGCAAACAAGCAGGCUGGAAUCCAACAGAGAGGCUGCUCUCAUGAAUACAGUGGUGACGCCGCUUCUGAAUCCUGUCAUCUACACCCUGCGCAACAAGCAGGUCCACCAUGCUCUGAGAGAGACUGUGUGCAGAAUAAAAAUAUCAAGAUAAGAAAACAUUAUGUGUUCUUGGGGUGGAAAUAAUCAGAAUUCCCCCCCCCCCAAUUUAGCAAGUGCACAAGCCUUAGCAUUUCAGAAUCACAGAGUUCACAUGCCUUUUGUGUAAAUAUCCCCAUAAAAUGCAGGUGUUUGUUAGCUCAUGCAUACUCUUUAAUGCAGUGUGUGUGCCUAAUCCGCCCUCCUUAGUCCACAUAUU